CAAUAUUUUUGUGCAAUUUGUAAAACUAGUUUUAACCUGAAGUGCUUUUUUCAAGCCACUAAAAGUAGAUUAUGGCAUUCAUAAUUUUUGCCUGGUUUUGCUCAUUCGCUUUCCUUAUCAUGAUAUCGAUGAAACUUGACGAAAGAAUGCAGGUUUCUUGGUUUGUUGUCCUGGUCCCUCUUUUCGUUCUCAGCCUUGUUCAACUUCUAUACACGACGUUCAAAAUCAUUCUACACAUCAGGAGAAAUAGAGGUAUGGAAAUUCCACUUCCAAGAAAAUGGUGGAGUUUUGCACAAUAUGUUCUGGUUGCUAUAUUUGAGAUUCUAAUUUGUUUGUACUUGGACAAUCGAGUUCCUGGAAUGAAACUGUCCAUGGCUCUCAUACCAAUGUGGGUGUUUCUUAUCGGGAAUUUGAUUGACAUGUUUCGGUUUCAACUUAUGGUGGUGAAGUUUGGUAGAAGGCGGGGAAGUAUGUGAAGAUUUAUCAAAAUGGAAGAGGUCUAUGGCAAGUACAGAAAUCUGGGAUCUAGGCCAGAUUUUGUUACAGCAAGAUGAUAAAGAUGGUAAUGAAGCUUCUCUCUAUAUGGAAGAGGUCUUGUGGCUAGUGUAAUAUCUAUACACACUUGCAGUUAAGCUUUGAAUCUAGUCUGAAGAAAGCGUUCUAUAGGGGAGGUCGUAACGUGCAUCAAUAGACAUGGGUUCUAGACCAUGUUGACUUAUUUUCCCAAAACAAUGAUUAAUGAUGAUGUUUAUAGCUACGCGUGCAGACAAAAGACAUUUUCUUAGAAUAUCUUCAAUGGCUGAAAAACAUUACAGAUUCCAGGAAAAUCAUAAGUCCGAGAAAAAUGGCAUGUGAGGGGUGGUGGGAAUUGAUAUUUGUCUCAUUACUCGAAGAUGGCGUUAAAGCUUGAAUUAUUUGGAUAAAGAUAAACGUAUUUUAAUACAAGGACACUAGUAGUGGCAGCAAAGAUAAAACUGACAUUAUUAUCAUUUUAUCAUACACAGAAAAUAACCAGACUCAUAAUUGUACUUUCCAUUUAGGCAAAUAUUCAAUAAAUUCAAACCAUUCUUUUAUAACUGCUGCUCUUUAUUGCAACUAUAUUUUCACAAGUUUUGAAUAUUCUAUUCACACUCUUUAUGUUUAUAGUGGAUUAUUUAUUUCUUCUUUGAAAAUGUUUGAAUAUUUACAACUGUGGCAUUCUGUUUUACUUUUUAUGUAACAGCAACAAAAUUUAUGUUUAUUCUAUUAUUUAG